GCCAGCAGUGCUCUGUUUCCUCGCUGCUGCACAGAAAAUCAGUAGGAACACUUUCUGGCAGGAAGUCGACCCUACGCGACGUUACCUGACCGUUACAGACCGAGGCGGAAUCGUGUGAGAGCUCACUAUCUGGCAGGGGGCGAAUGAGUGUUAGCGUCGUCGUUCCUGCAGUGUGUAACUGUGUGAGACGGUGCCGUAGUGUUUUAUGGGCGCGGGUGACACAGACUCUGAUUUUGUCCAUACCUAGAUCUACAUGUGUAUAUAUGCAAAUAUAUAUAUAAAACGAAGGCCUUAACACACUCAAGAAUAUGGUUUUAUGGUCAUCUGCUACUGUGCAUGACUUCAUCAUUCUUCAUUUUUGAGUCAAGAUCAGUCGCCACCAAAAAAGCUGCAUUCCUGUGAAAUUGUGGUAUGAUGAAAAUGGAAGCCUGAAAAUACUACCUUUAAGACACUGGAUCUCCACUUUCUGCUAUAGUUACUGACGGCUGCAUGCCUUUGAUCAGGUUGUCUUCAAUCUUGUACUGAAGGAUUCUUGGAUCUGUGCACACUAAGUCUGGUUCCAUGUAACUCUUAAUAUUAUUACUGGGUGUCACUACAGCAACUCACUACAUUGGUUGGGGGCUGUACAUCACACUGUUGGCAUCAUUUAAGUUUUAUCUAACCAAAAGUGAGCUACCUAUCCAGAUGAAUGAAGACCCCAUUUGGGAAGCGAUCCAGUCAGAGGUUAUCAAUUGACGCAGCAGGUCUUCCUAGUGUCUCUGGCAAUAUGAUGAAGAAGAAAAGUAAUCACAGGAAACACCGCAGUAAUGUGGGGCCAAGCAAGACAGUUUCUCAUUCACGACGGAACAUUGUAGGUUGCAGAAUUGAACAUGGAUGGAAGGAACAGGGUGGAAUAACACAGUGGAAAGGCACAGUUCUGGAUCAAGUACCAGUAAAUCCUGCACUUUACCUUAUCAAAUAUGAUGGAUUUGACUGUGUAUAUGGACUUGAACUUCACAAAGAUGAAAGGGUCUUAGGAUUUCGGGUCCUUCCAGAUAGAGUUUCUGUAUCUCGAAUCAGUGAUGUGGAUCUGGCAGAAAUGAUGAUAGGCAAAGCGGUUGAGCACAUGUUUGAAAAAGAUGAUGAUGGAGCUAAAGAUGAGUGGCGGGGAAUGGUGCUUGCACGUGCUCCAAUCAUGAACACGUGGUUUUACAUUACCUAUGAAAAGGAUCCUGUCUUGUACAUGUACCAACUUCUAGAAGACUACAGAGAAGGAGAUUUACGUAUUAUGCCUGAUUCAAAUAAUGAUUCUCCGCCAGCUGAGAGAGAGCCAGGAGAGGUCGUAGACAGCUUGGUGGGUAAACAAGUCGAAUAUGCCAAAGAAGAUGGCUCAAAGAGGACUGGCAUGGUCAUCCAUCAAGUAGAGGCAAAACCAUCUGUGUAUUUUAUCAAGUUUGAUGAUGAUUUCCACAUUUAUGUCUAUGAUUUGGUAAAAACUUCUUAGACACACUUCAUAGGGCAGUGGAAAGGCCAUAUUGGCCAACACAUGGACUAUUACCAAAUGCGGACUUUGAUAGAUUAGGCUACUAAAAGCCCAGUAAGCUAUUGUGAUUUCACAAUCUCUGCCAUUGACAACAAAUAAACAAGUUUGAAUCAGCCAAAUGGUUCUACUAAUGUUACCAUUUAUGAUGGUUUGAAUGCAAGAGGGUUACUUGCAGAAGAAACAAUCUAAAACCAGUAUUUUAGAAUAAGGGAACUAGGUUUCCAGGGUACUUUGUCACCCAUGGGAAACAAUAGGGGCUUCAAGGUACAAACCUAAAUUAGGGUCUGGAAAUGAAAUGAGAAAAUGUAUCAGCAAAAGACCAGUUAUAAUCGAACUUUCUGAAUUGAAAAAUAAAAAAAAGGAUUAGACACUA